AUAUUUAUCAAAUAUUUAAGUUUACUACAAUAUAUUUAUAGAAUAUUUCAGAGAAAAGUCGAAGAUAUGUCGGGUUUGAUAGUGAAUGAAAACUUCAUAAAGACUGAAAGAUUUUUACUGUAAUCAUAAGACACCUAUUAAGCCCAAGAAGGAAGAUGAUUACACUGAUACUGUACAGAUUUGGUAGAGAUUUGAGAAUGUAAUGUUUGUGUACAGGCCCAACAGAAGUAGGUACUAGGAUGAUUACUGUGGCCUGUAGGCUGAUCAUCAAUAUAGUGUGAUGUUAGAUCAGAUCCUGGUGUUAUGAAACCUGACUCUGGUCUUGUCCAGCUUGUUCUGAUGUGUGUAAUUGGUACCAGGGGGUGUUGGUGACCCCCUGGGAGUCCUCCACUGGCCUCCCCUCUGACACCCCCUGGGGAUCCUCUGGGGAACCCGUGGCAACCAGUAGCUGAUGAUGCUGAAGUGCUGCAGAGAUAGGGGAGUGUGCUAUUUAUAGCUCAGGAUGGUGAGGAGUCUGUGGUACAGUGUUGGGAGGAGAAUUACAUACUUUACUCUUUCCUGGGGCCAACUUCCUCCCACUGAAACACAGUGAGGGCUUCUGUCAUUCUCUAUCACCCUUCUACAUUUCGGAACUUUCUGCCAGUGACUUGGAACUUUCUACCAGCUUCCCCAGAAGUUCCACAACUUUUGUGGAGUUUUGAGAAUUUCGUGUGCUGGGGGAUGGUGAUACCUCCUGGGAUGUAUGUGGAGCCCGGUGUACAUUGAUGUGUGUGUUAGGCCUACCAGUCUGUCUGUUGAAACAGUACAGCAGUAUCACUUCAGCUUCACAGCUUACUUGUUCAGUUGUAUGACUGACUGGAUUUAAGUCAUAUGACUGACUGGAUUUAGUUGAAUUUGUGAACUUGGAUUACCAUUCCAGUGAUAAUCUUGGGAGUUUCUACUCAACCCUUUUGGAAUAACUUGGCUGUGAAUAAUCUCUUGUAAACAGAAGGAUUAUUCAUUACAGAUCUUUCUCCGUUGUUUUAUAAUUUUCACACUUUUUUAUGACGAGCCGGAAAUAGUAAUAUUUGUGGUAAAGUUGGUGUGAGAAAUAACAGAGGAAUUGUGCAAAGGUUUUAGCUGUAAUAAAACCAAUGUUGUGUCUGAGAUGCGAGUGGAUGGCCUUAGUCAGGCGGGUAUAACGGAAUGGGCUGCGAUGCCUACCACACAAACCCUGUCGGGAGCGUCCAGUUCCUCCGGAUUAAACGGGUCUCUGACCAACAAUUACAGCUAUAGUAGCUAUAAACAUGACAAUGACUACCAGAACAUCGCGGAUGAAAGUGAGGCUGGUCCGAGAGUUGUGGACGAUGAAGAAGGCCAUCUGAUCUAUCAGCCGGGCGAUGUCCUACAAGCACGAUAUGAAAUUGUUUCCACCCUAGGAGAAGGUACCUUUGGGAAAGUUGUGGAGGUCAAGGACAUGCAAAGGAAUGGAGAACGGUUAGCGCUGAAGAUAAUUAAAAACAUUGAGAAGUAUCGAGAAGCUGCUAAGCUGGAAAUUAACGUCCUGGAGAAACUCCGAGCCAAAGAUCCUGACGGACAGUUCCUCUGCGUGAACACGAUAGAGUGGUUUGACUACCAUGGACAUGUCUGUAUAGCAUUUGAGAUGCUAGGCCUUAGUGUAUUCGACUUUCUGAAGGACAACCACUACAUACCCUACCCUAUAGAACAUGUACGACACAUGGCCUACCAGCUGUGUUACGCUGUCAACUUCUUACAUGAAAACCAGCUGACCCACACAGAUCUGAAACCAGAGAAUAUACUGUUUGUUAACUCAGAAGCAGAUGUUUCUUUCAACGCCCGUAAGAAAAGAGAUGAGUUUGCCGUGAAGAACACAGACAUUCGUCUCAUAGACUUUGGAUCAGCAACAUUUGACCAUGAACACCACAGUACUAUUGUAUCAACGCGUCACUACCGGGCACCCGAGGUCAUCUUAGAGCUUGGCUGGUCUCAACCCUGUGAUGUGUGGAGUGUUGGCUGUAUCAUCUUCGAGUUGUACACUGGCUAUACACUCUUCCAGACUCAUGACAAUAAAGAACACCUAGCGAUGAUGGAGAGGAUCCUGGGAUCACUGCCCUACCGCAUGGUGAAAAAGACAAAAACAAAUAAUUUCUGGCACGGCCGCCUAGAGUGGGACCAUACAUCGUCCGCAGGGCGCUAUGUGAGAGAGAACUGUCGGCCGCUGUAUCAUUAUUUAAGAGACAAGGGGCCGGAACAUCGGCAGCUGAUUGAACUGACUGAGAUGAUGCUUGAGUAUAUACCUGAGGAACGUAUCACUUUACGAGAGGCAAUGAACCAUCCCUUUUUUGCUCCCUGCCGGAAAUAUUACGCAGAUCGCCUUCCUCUGGAUAACCGAGCAGAAAAGAAAAAAUCCCCUGAAGAAGAUGGCAAAAUGGCAGAGCUAACAGUCCCAACCAAUGGAUCACAAAGGGAAAGCUCUGAGCGCAGGUCAAGAUCGGCUGCCAAAUCACGGGAAGAUUCAGGAGAGAUCAAUCAUGGAGAAGAAAACCAUAGCGAUUUGAGUUCUAGUCGAGAAGUAGCACAGAACACAGAAAAUAUUCCAGAAAUAGACGGAAAACUUCAAGAUGUGGUUCCAGAGAAAGAGACCUCUCCGAAAAAGAUGCAACCAGAUGUGGUUCCAAAGAAAGAGACCACUCCAAAAAAGGAUCAAGUAGGGAAAACCAGCGGAUAUGUUACAUACAAAGAAAGGAAAAGGAAAGCUGCAGAAGCACAAGCAAAAAUGUCUCCUCCAAAGGAUCCCAACAAACCAAGAUCCUGGCGUCUCAAACUCGAGAUGGAAAUGGCGAAUGACACUGAUAAAUCCAAGAAGGAAGAUGAUGUCUCGAAUCCACCGGCAGAGCAAAAUGUGAAGGUGGAUAAGGCUGCUGAGCCAGAGGUGCUCAGUAUCAAGGCAUGGAGACAGAAGAAGGAGUUAGAGGUCGCAGAACCUGAGCAUCUUAAAUUGGCAAAACCCAAGAAGGAACAAGAGGCAGCAGCAAUGACGGAGGAACAACCAGCAUUAUACGAUGCCUACACUCGGAGGAAGUCAUGGCGAGAGAAGAUGGAGGAGGAGAAAAUGGAAGAACCACCAGCAGAGGAAGAGGAGAAGGUUUCUGAACAACAGCAGCCAUCCCCCGAAAGAUUACAAGUCAAACCCACAUCUCCGUCUAGGAUGGAAAAAGGGUCUGCCAUUAGAACCUGGCGUCAGAUGUUUGGAUCUGAGGACAGGAAUAAGGAGGGAUCAGGUACACAUCACAAGAUAGAAAAGCCAGCUAGCUUUGACAGCUUUGAUGAGUCCACUAGCAGGAAAGCAUCCAUGUCUGAGCGAGGCGAAUCCCCUGGAUUUGACCCGGAGGAGACAGUGGCUGAACGUCUCCAACGUCGACGGAGAGAACGGGGAGGAGGUGAUCGUAGGAAGUCUGGGUAUGUUUCGCAUGAAGAAGAACCUGAGGUGGAACCGGCCCCUAAGAGGGAAGAAAAACCCCUUUCAGCAUACCAACUCCUCAAAUUGGCACUGGCUAAGCCUCUAUCUGUGGAUAGGUCCAAGUCAGAACUAAUUCAUCAGCAGAAACCAGAAGAACCAGUCAAGGGGCCAGUACAAGAUCUCAAAGUGGAGGUGGCCGAGAGGUCAUGGUCAGAACCAGAGAAGGUUCCUGUGGACAAGAAGGAAAAGAAGUUGGAGGAUGAUCCUCUAAAGCUGUUACUGAGCCAAUCCUUCACACCCAGCACCUUCAUGCAUUCGUCACAACACCAGCCAAUUAGCCCCAUAGUUGAGGUUCCAUCCUCCGCUGAGGCCCCUGACACUGCCUCCAACUCAUCAGGAGCAAAUGGUUUUUCAUUUGAGGCUAAUAUCUGUAACAAUGAAGGUGAAGGAAACACUGUGUAUGAUACAGAACAAAAUUGUUCAGUGGAAGGUCAGACUGAACCAGAAAAUGCUUUUUUAUCCCAGGGUGCUGACUGCGAGCAGGAGGCAGUCAGAGACACCAUCGAGACCAUUGUAGAGAUGAAUCCUGCGGGACCUGUGAUGUCGGUGACAAUUCCCCCACCGGUCAUCGCAGCCGGACCUGUGAUGUCGGUGACGAUUCCCCCACCGGUCAUCGCAGUGACCAAUCCCAGUCCUGUGAUCGCCGUGACUGACCCUACACCUGACACAGUCACAGUAGUACUAGAGCAGCCAGCAGCACUGGUGUAUGAUCCCUCCGAUGUCAACAAUACGGCUACUUUACCGACCCAAACCAUGGUCCUAGAGCCGUCCCCAAUACAGAAGCCUCCCAUUGUGGCUUACACAGCUGUUCUCUCAGAUACACCCCUGGAUAGUGACACUCAAGCAAAGGUUGAGGAGGCCCAGAAAAAAGCACAGAAGAAAAUUGCCACCAAACGUGGACACAGGAAACGAAGCAAGAAACAGGCACCAUCAUCAUCAUCAGAACAGUGUUUUUUAUCUGAAGUGGGCCUCGACCCUGAUCCUGACCCCAAUGCUAAGGAAAACAAAUUGGUGUUACACGAGCCGUCUCGGGUUCAUGCUUCUCCUCUGCCUUCUGGGAUUGCUGUUAGCAGUAUAUUCACAGGGAAGGCUCCGACCAGUCCUGUGACGAGUGACCUAAAUUCUCCCACUUUUGCAGAUUCCGUUCAGAAUAUUCGUAGGACUAAUUCAGGGAGUGAGCAUUCGGGUAUAGACGGCGCUAUCAAUUGUGUGUCGGCCAUAUUGCCUGCUAGUUGUGAUAACACAGUUGAACGUGAUCCGGUCUUUGCAGCUCAAGCAUCGGAUGGAGGACAGCAAUCAAAUCCAUCCAACGGGACAGAGACUGUAUGACAGUGACCAAUUGUAUAGAAGCGGUACCUUAGAGACCCAGAAAACCCUGAUCAUCGUGACUUGUUUGAUCUCAUCAAUCAGAUGCUUGAAUAUGACCCUACUGAAAGACUAACCCUCAAACAGGCCAUGAUGCAUCGCGUCUUUGCCAAAUAUCAAAUUAAACCAGAAGGAGAGACGUCAAAAGAUGGUGACCGAGAGCGCUCUCACAGCCUCAGCAGAUGAAUCCUACUGUGACAAGAGUUUUACUGACC